AUGGGAAAGAAAGGGAAGUCCCGCAGAAGCGAAACUGGCUCCUCUUGCAACGAUAUCAGCACUGUGCUCCGAGUCACUCUACAGCUGCGACCUUGCAAAAUGGAGCCCACAUGGGAGGACUCUGAUACUGCGUUGGAAGAGAGCGACCAGGAUGACUCUCUGAUCCCCAACAGACACAGUAUAAGGGUAAGCCCUGAUCUCCAGGUGAAACACCUGCCUAUAUCCAAACAGGCAAACCCCAGUAUCUCCCUGGAACAACAGCCUGUGAGCAAAGCAGACAUCCAGAACCAGAAAUGAAGGCCCAAUUCACUGUUGACAUAAAUCUGGUCAGAGAAGCUUUAGGAGCUCUAACAGCCAGGUUGCAGACCCUUGAGGAUGAUGGAGAUGUGGCUAAAGGCAAGUUUGACUACCUGCAGACGGAGGUAGAUCAGCUUAAGAUUGCAAACCUCAUCAUGGAGGGCAAGAUGACUGCCCUGGAAGAUGCCAAAUGCUAG